AUGAAUGAAAAAGGUUGCGAAAUCACGUUAUGACCUUUCCUCCCUGAUUCACAGUCCACGCUUUCUCUCUACUGGGCGAAUAUGGGAGACAAGAAGAUACUUAGCAUUGGUUUGGUGUGUUUGGAUAUCAUUAAUGUUGUGGAAAAAUACCCGGAAGAAGAUACUGAUAACAGGUGUUUGUCACAGAGAUGGCAGAGGGGAGGAAACGCGUCAAACACGUGCACAAUUCUGUCUCUGCUUGGGGCCCCGUGUGCAUUUAUGGGGUCUUUAGCUCCUGGACCGGUAGCUGACUUCAUCUUGAAUGACUUUCAAAUGUACAAGAUUGACAUCUCUCUUCUUCUGGAGCAUGCUGAAUGCUCCUUUCCAGCCUCUGUAGUUAUCAGCAAUGUGAAGACAGGAAGCCGCACUAUUCUGCACAUGAACAGAAACUUGCCAGAUGUUUCUGUAGAGGACUUUUCAAAGGUGGACCUCAGCCAAUACAAGUGGAUCCACUGGGAGGGCCGUAAUGCUGAAGAACAAGUGAAGAUGAUUGAGAAGGUGAGAGACUAUAACAGCAAACAGGAGCAGAAAAACAGAAUUACAAUCUCUGUGGAAAUAGAGAAGACCAGGGAACCCCUCUACCAGCUGUUUCCUCAUGGUGAUGUGGUCUUUGUUAGUAAGGAUGUGGCAAGACACUUUGGGUUUGAUUCAGCCUCUGAUGCACUGAGGGGCUUCAGUAGUCGUAUAAGGAAGGGGGCUACCCUCAUUUGUGCCUGGGCAGAAAAUGGAGCUGAUGCCAUGGGUCCUGAUGGUGUUGUCACUCAUUCAGAUGCAUUCCCACCCGAGAAGCUGGUAGAUACACUUGGAGCAGGAGAUACAUUUAAUGCUUCUGUAAUCUAUUCACUGUCAAACGGGGGCGGCCUACAGGAAGCACUCACAUUUGGCUGCCAGAUUGCAGGCAAAAAAUGCGGUGUCCAUGGAUAUGACGGAAUUGUACAGUGAACGCGGUGGAGAGGUGCACAUCUGGAAUGUACUACAGCCUGUUAUGAUCUACUGAUUGUUUUAAGGCACUAAGCAUUGACAACGCAAUAGGAAAGUCUUUAAAACACAGAUCUACCAUAAAACCUAUGACCAAUUAUGACUGAAAGGACUAUGGGAAAGAUAAUUCAAACUAAUAAUGUUUUCGUAUUACUAAGGUUCCUGUGUAUUAGCAUUAAAAUAACAAGAGAUAACAUAUAGCCAAAUGCCAAAUACAUUUUAAUGAUAGAAAAACAUGUAUAGAUCAAAGCCUUCUGUAUUAAAAAUGUACUGAAGUGAGGAAUUAUUGACGACAGGCCGGUGACUUAGUGAAAGUUAAUACAUAUCCGAGGUGGUUAUGUGUAAACAAAGAGUAAAGAAGUUAUUUGGGACUGUAAUGCUGUCAAAAAACUUGGAAAUAUAAUAAUUUAUCAGUGUUGGGGUAUAAGUAUUGAUGUGUGAACUUAAUUUCAAAUACUUCAGACAAGUCUAUGAUUUGUGAAUGCAAUGUACAAUUAUUUUAAAUCAAUACAAAUUUUCAUAAAGCUGCAUUGAAGGGAAAAUGAGUAGGUGCAAUCAAUUUUGCAUACAU